AUGUCUCUCUCUACACACAAUGUCCCUAAACUUAAAGACCCCUCCCUCCUAAAAGAAGCGGCCUUCAUCAACGGCCAAUUCAUCACCUCUCCCUCCUUCACCACCUUCACCGUCACCGACCCCGCCACCAACACCCCAAUCGCCACCAUCCCCGACCUCACCGCCGCCGAAACCCGCACAGCCAUCACCGCCGCCCACACCGCCCUCCAAACCUUCCGCCACACCCUCCCACGCGAGCGCGCCCGCCUCCUGCGCGCCUGGUACGACCAAAUCAUUGCCAACGCCGACGACCUCGCCACGCUCAUCACCCUCGAGAACGGCAAGCCCACGGCCGACGCCCGCGGCGAAGUCGCCUACGCUGCCUCCUUCCUCGAAUGGUUCAGCGAAGAGGCACCCCGCCUCUACGGCGACACCAUCCCCUCCUCCGUGCGCGGCAACCGCGUCGUCACCAUCCGCCAGCCCGUCGGCGUCUGCGCGCUCAUCACCCCUUGGAACUUCCCCGCGGCCAUGAUCACGCGCAAGAUCGGGCCCGCCAUCGCAGCCGGCUGCACGGUGGUUGCGAAGGCUCCCGCGGAGACGCCGCUGACGUCGCUGGCGCUGGCGGAGCUGGCGGUGCGCGCGGGGAUGCCGAAGGGGGUGGUGAACAUUGUCACGGCGUCGGCGAACACGGCGGCCGUGGGCGAGGAGCUGUGUGUUAACCCUGUGGUCAAGAAGUUGUCGUUCACGGGGUCGACGCCGGUCGGGAAGCUGCUGAUGAAGCAGUGCGCGGGGACGCUGAAGAAGCUGUCGUUCGAGCUGGGCGGGAAUGCGCCGUUUAUUGUGUUUGACGAUGCGAAUGUGGAUGCGGCGGUGGCGGGCGCGAUCGGGUGCAAGUUCCGCUCGUCGGGGCAGACGUGCGUAUGUGCGAACCGCAUCUAUGUUCAGGACGCCAUCCACGACGAGUUUGUGGCGAAGCUGGUAGAGAAGGUGCGUGCCUUCAAGGUGGGCAGCGGGUUCGACGGCGAGAAUACACAUGGGCCGUUGAUCCAUGACCGUGCGGUAGGCAAGGCGCGCGAGCAUGUCGAUGAUGCGGUGGAAAAGGGCGCGGAGGCGGUGGUGGGCGGCGGGGUGAGUCAGUUGGGGCCGAACUUCUUCGAGCCCACGGUGCUGAAGGGGUUGACGGGUGAUAUGAGGAUCGCGAGCGAGGAGACGUUCGGGCCUGUGGCCGGCGUGUUCAGGUUUAAGACGGAGAAGGAGGUGGUGGAGCUGGCUAAUGAUACGGAGGUUGGGCUUGCCGGGUAUUUCUUCAGUAGUGAUAUUGGGCGUAUUUGGAGGGUCGCGGAGGCACUUGAAGUCGGCAUGGUGGGUGUCAAUACAGGAAUUAUCAGUGAUACUGCUGCGCCUUUCGGGGGUAUCAAGGAGAGUGGCUUUGGGAGAGAGGGUAGCAAGUACGGGAUUGAUGAGUACACGGUCAUCAAGAGUAUUACCUUUGGUGGCGUGGGAAACCUGCAGGGCUAG